AUGAGUUUCGGAUUCAGUGUUGGCGACUUCAUUGCGGUCAUCCAAUUAGCCAACAAGAUCAGGAACGACUUUGCCAGUGCUCCAAGCCAGUUUGCCGAAGUCAAAAACCUAUCCAUCACCCUCAAUCGUGCUUGGAAUAUCCGAUUGGGACGAAAACUAGAUAAACAAGAGAAAGCAGACCUGGAGCAUAUCACUAGCGGCUGCCGGAAGGUUCUUACCGAGCUGGAGCACGUUUUCAACGCCAAUUCGGAGUUAAAGCCACAACAAAAGAGCUUUAGCAUAAGAAAGCUUUGGAAGCAGCUCAACUGGAGACCACAUGACAUCCGCGACCUCCGCGCUCGUAUCAACGUCAACAUCAACCUGCUAAAGAACUUUACUGAAAGUGUUAUCAGAGAAGACAAAUAUCGGCGGGAUGUUCUGGACUGGCUAACACCAAUCGACUCUGCUUCUGAACAGCAUGCUGUCUUCAAACGCAUGCAAGAGGGAACUGGCCAGUGGCUUCUAAAUUCAGACAAAUUUAGAACCUGGUCAAUGACCUUUUUACUCGCUUCCAAGAUGAUAGCAAUAUUGUCGUUGUAUAUCUCUACUGCGACUUUGAAGCAAGAUGAGCAGGAAGCUGAAGGCCUACUCGCAAACUUGCUCAAACAGCUGGCCGAAGGCAAAUCCCUUCUGCCAGAGAGUGUUCAAUCCUUCUAUGACAAAUGGAAAGCCAACAAAACUCGACCUUCAAUAGAUGACAUCUCAAAGGCACUUCGGUUAGUUGUUGCCAAAUAUGCGCGAGUUUUCAUCCUCGUCGACGCUCUUGAUGAAUGCCGAGCGCUCGGUGGCGGCCGAGAGAAAUUACUCACCACAACUUUUGACCUUCAGAAAUAUGGAGCAAACUUUUUCGCAACAUCGCGCAACGAGCCAGAGAUUACAGAACUGUUGAAACGGAGCCCAUCAUUGGAAAUCCGUGCCGAUGAACAGGAUUUGCGGAGAUAUGUGGAGAGUCGAAUAUCUGACCUACCGGCGUUCGUCCGACGCGAUUCUGAUCUGCAGAAAGAAGUCAAAACAGAGGUCGUCAAGGCUGUCACUGGCGUAGCUCUGAGCAUAAUAGAGCUUCAGCAUGCUCUUGCCGUACGAGUCGACACACCAGAACUCGAUGAGAGCUACAUCAUAGAGAUUGAGGAGAUAGUUCCGGUAUGCGCCGGACUAGUCACGGUUGACGAACAGAGCAAUAUGAUCGGCCUGGUCCACUACACAACACAAAAAUAUCUCGAAGUAACGCUGAGUCGGUGGCAUCCAAAUGCAGAAUUCGACAUCACGGAAACAUGUUUAACCUAUCUCUCAUUUACUGUAUUUGAAAGCGGAUUUUGCCAUACAGGCUCUAGCUUUGAGGAGCGGCUAUUACUGAACCCGCUGUACGACUACACUGUACACCACUGGGGACAGCAUGCCCACCAAGCGUCGAGACUACAUCCGAAAGUCCUUGAAUUUUUGCAAUGCAAGAUCAAGGUAGAAGCAGCAGCUCAAGCAAUGCUAGCCCCCAAGUAUGCUGGGAAUUCCAACCGCUGUCAACGAGUUCCGAGGCGAAUAACAGGGCUACAUUUAGCAGCGUACUUUGGAAUUACAGUAUCAGUUGCGGCAGUUCUUCAAAUUACUGAGGUCGACGUUGACUCGAAGGACAGCUGGGGUCAGACACCGCUGUCGUGGGCCGCCGAUAACGGGCACGAAGCGGUCGUCAAGCUGCUGCUCGACACGGGCAAGGUCGACUUCGACUCGAAGGAUAGCCUCGGUCGGACGCCGCUGUCGUGGGCCGCCGAGAACGGGCACGAAGCGGUUGUUAAGCUGCUAAAGUCUACAGCUUCUUUACACUCUUCACCACCUCCCCACUCACCUCCUAAUCACCCGACUUCUCUUAUAUAGACUUUGAUAGGUUUCCGG